AUGGCUAAAAUUUCCAACCGUAAACUACCAAAAAAUGUCCAUUCAUCUCUUGAGUGGAAUUUUCAGAAUAACGAUCCAAACUCUUCCAGCGAUUCAUGUUGGUCUUGGUCGGAUGUCUAUAGAUAUCAAAGAAACAACAAUGCUCAAGACAACCGUGUUAAAGUCGUAGUGUCUGUGGAACAAACUUUGUAUGAUGUCGCUGAACUGCUUGAAAGGAGACUAGGGAUUUGUCUUUCUGGCUGCCAGUUUUAUCUUCAAGAUCGAAUCAAGCUAUUACUUGAGGUAAAAACAGCACAUGCAGGCUAUCCAUUUCGACUCAAUGUUGUCGAUAUUCAAAUCCCAGAAUCGGUUGAUCAUCAUGGACCUAACUCUACUAUACCAACCGAAAAAAGCAAACGUCCUGGUAUCGCAAAAGGACCAGGACAACAGAUAUCCAGUGUAAAUUCGGUAAAAAACGAGGAAUCAAGGAAUGAUAGUGCUCUUUCAAGUUCUAACAGACCAAUAAGUCCAAAACCCGAAUGUAUAUCCCCUCUCACUGUUGCCGCAGCUGUGGCAGCGGCAGCUGAUAUUGCAUCAGGAGGGUCUGGCUUAUUGGAAUCACAGCCUUCUCUCAAUGAAAAUGGUAUGGUCUCGGAUGAAUCCGUUAUUCCAGAAGCAUGCAAUAUUCUUGAUAUACACUCAUCGCAAAAUCCUUAUUUAGGAUCCCAGUUGGAACCUGGUGGAGUUCCUGGAGCUUACGACUUGGAAAGCUUAUCAAGAUGGGUUCCUGAUGGUCACUAUCGACGUUUAAUGGAAAUGAAUGAUAUUCCACGUGAUCCUAUUGAGUGGAAUUCGACACAGGUUAUUAUGUGGAUAAAUUGGGCUUGCAAACAAUUUAGGAUUGAAGGCCUAAAAGGCGAAAAGUUGUUCAACAUGCCUGGGUCUAGCAUGUUUGUUCUAACACCAGAUGAUUGGCGACGUUUAGUUCCCAACGCCAACGUUAACUUCUUAACUCACUUAGAGCUACUUAAACGGUGUCGAAAUGUUUGUGUUCCUUAUUGUCCACAACCCCCACAACAGAGCGCAACCCAAUCCCAAAAAUUGUACAGACAAAUGUCACGAUCCCGCUUUCGUAGCUCUAGAAAUUUGACGGAAACGAAUUCUAGUAGGAGUUUUGGUGGAAGUAUUGUAUUUGCGCCGUCGUACUCGGGAGCCUUAAAUUCCUACGAUAUGAAUAAUUCUAACCCACGAAUGAUGUGUUCAAAACCAGUGUUUUUGUCAUGUAAUGAUUCAAAUGGUCACGUUCCAACAUCCAGUACAGUUACAUUAAUGAACGAAACGACUGCUAAUCAGAACUCAUCCAACUACACAAAUAACGGGGUAUGCGAGUCGUCUUCAGGUGGUGGUCAGUUAAUUCAUGGUGCAUUUUUAUUAGCUCAAAAUGGUAACACUCUUCAACAAGGAAUUUCUAAUUCUCAAUCAUCUGCAGCUGGUCAAGUUCAACUGUGGCAGUUUUUACUUGAACUACUUACAGAUUGGAGAUACCGUGAAGCUAUACACUGGAUUAGCGAUGAUGGUGAAUUUAAAUUAAGUAAUCCUGAACAAGUAGCUGCAAUGUGGGGUCAUCGAAAAAACAAACCUGCUAUGAAUUACGAGAAGUUAUCUCGAGCAUUACGAUAUUAUUAUGAUGGUGAUAUGAUUUCAAAGGUUCAUGGAAAACGUUUCGUUUACAAAUUCAUUUGUGAUUUAAAGACUCUACUUGGUUUUUCAGCUGGCGAGCUAUAUAUGUUAGUGAAAAAUUGUGCUGAAAGGCAUUCACAUCGAGGGAAAAAGCGGCGUUUGACUACAGGAUCUACAUACUCUCCAGUAAACAGUCAUACACUGUCUACAUUUCCUAUAGACGAUAGGACUGUGUUCCCAAUACCCGCAGAACAUCCUCGUCCAAUUAAUUUUUUAAACCGUCCUUGGAGGCUGCGACGACGCUGGUGGGCUCGCAAUCCUUUGUCUGGUGUUUCACCACUUGGCUCUCCUCCUUACUCAUCUCCUUCAUACACUGAACGUUUAUCUUCUGAUUCUGCUCGACAACGAGACGAUGUUUCUGAUCGCUUCAACGGUUCAUGCUCAUCCAUAGCUGGUGCAAGUUCUCAGUUCAGCCAUUCACAGUUCACAGUUGACGAGGACUGGGUUGCCGCCGCAGCGUUAACGGAGGAUAUGGCAAAUGAAUCGUCCAUGAAUUCCUCCACUUCGAUCAAUAGUUCAUUUCGAUCUAAUGGAAUUUCUCUUCCCCAACCUCCCACUCCUAAUACUACUGUAACUGGCUUUGAUGAAGGAGAGAUAGCUUCCGCCGCUGCUUCAUUAUUCAGUCAAUCAAGCCAAUCAGAACCUCCCUUAGUAGUGGAUCAGACGAAUACCGUUCCCAAAAAGAGAAAGCUAUCUUCUAACUUAUCUGAUUAUCGCUGUGAAACGAAAGAGGUUAGAGAUGAUUCUCUUAUCGAAGAUACCGUAUACGGUUCUCGGUUAAGUCAUUUAGGUAGUACCAAGUAUAUCUCUAAUAACCGGUCAUCUAUGCGUAAUUAUGGUCCUGUUUUAUUAUCUAGUUAUAGUCAAGGCAUAGAUAUCGAUGCCUUUUUAGCUCAUUGA